AACAGUAGAUCUCUAACAGAGAGAAAAAACACAACUUAACAUUACCCUCAAUGUCGUCUGCUACUUUCCGUCACCCAUGCCAAACUGUACUGUGGAAUAAGUUUAGCGACUCUAUUGUUUGUUGCAGUGGGCCCUUUUUGAAAGAAUUUGCAUGUUCAACGGGCGAAAAGUUAAACGAGUAUUCUUACGAAGAUAAACUAGACCAAAAACAUAGAGAAGCAGCAGCCUAUGGACAAGCCGUGCGCUUCGUUGCUUAUAGCAAGGAUGGAAGUUUUAUGGUGACUGUAAACGAGGAUAAAACGCUUUGUUUAUGGAACGUCAUUAAUUCUAAAAUACAGCUCGUUAAACUUAUCAAAGUUGCAAAGCGUUGUUCCGCUCUAGAAUGCUCUGAAAACGGUGAUAUUGUUUAUGCAGACAAAUUUGGAGACGUCUUCCGCAUUGAAAAGAACUGGUUGCUUGAGAACGGUAUUCAUCCUGAGGAACAAGCAGCAGCCGAGCAACAGGCCGCUGAGGCAGCAAAAAGUGGAAAGCAAAAGGCGAUUGGGACGGCUGAGCAUUCUAGUGUUGAAAAGGUCAAUAACUUUCAUCCUUUGUUAGGUCAUGUUUCCAUCUUGACCCAAUUACUCAUUUGCAAGGAUCCAAAAAACCCAUCUCGCGAACUCAUCAUCACUUCAGAUAAAGAUGAACACAUUCGUGUCUCUCGUUUUCCUCAAUCAUAUGUCAUUGAAGGAUUCUGCUUAGGUCAUGAGGACUUUGUGUCUCGUAUCUGUUUGGUCGACAAUGACAUGUUGGCGUCCGGAGGUGGUGAUAACCACGUCUUUUUGUGGGACUUGUCAACAUACAAGUGUUUGGAUGCCUUUAAUAUCAAAGCUGCUUUCUCUAACUAUCUCAACAUGGAAACCUCCAUGGCGCUUAAUGUACUUCUGUACGUACCUCCGCUUCACAUGUUGAUGGUGGCCAGUGAAGGUAACUCGGGUGUUGUUUUCAUUCGUAUCGUUGAUGGUCGGCGCCUUGAAUAUCAUUCGGUACUCGCAACCCCGUACCCGGUCAUUUCAGCUACACUUCGUGAAAGUUCAAACGGUUUAGGAAUCAUCCUCGCCUUGGACAACACAAAGAGCUCUGAGCAAAAAAAUUUAUCGUGCCUGCAGUAUAUUGACCUGCGCAAUUUCGCAGCGCCCUUCACUUUGUCCGAACCUCCGUUUUUACAAGCCGCAGUAAAUGAAUUGCCCGAGGUAGAACAAGUACUUUGUCCCUUAUCACAAGUUCGGCCACUCCGUAAGGCACAUUCAAAAUUCUUUGCUCCCGGAGAAACGCGUGCAACAGUUGGAGCAGACACUCCUUAGAAGGCUCUUGGAAAAUCUGGUGAUAUUUGUGGGCACAAAUCAUAGAUCAUAUGGAAUAUAUAGUUAAUUUCGUACAAUUGAAAGUUUGAUACUUAAGGCAAAAAUAGUCGUAGUUUAUCCAAAACUUUGUUGUUUUAGGUUCCAUUCCCAAAAGCAUCAUCACUGAAGAGCUCAAUGUAUGCGAUCAUUGAAUGUGCUUGGGCAAUUUAAAGCUGUAAUUGUACAGAUACCAACAAAACAUGUACGAAUAUAUUACUAUCAUAUGUAUUUAAUCCCAAACCCAGG